CAGUUUAGGAUCGGGAAACGAACUUGUCAAGUGCUUAGAAUGUUCAGAGAGGGGGCGUAAGGUUGUUGGUGUGAUGGGUAAACGCAGUUUUGAAAAGAAAUCUGUGACAGUUCAGUCAAGCAUUUCGUCGAACAAUGGGGCUGUUAUAGUAAACCCCGAGGUUGAAGAGAGCUCUAUGGUCUCUAAGGAGUGUGGUGAUGUUAAUAUGACGGAUUCUGAAGUGGCUGUCGGGACAAAUGUUUUUACGCAAAAUGAAAUUGAUGCCUGUACAGAGUCUAGUAAGAAAGAAAAUGAUACAAGCUCUGACAGUGCUACUGGUCCCGCCCAAAAUGAGGAUGCUUUUGGUUCUGGGUUGCCAAAAGAAUUGAGGGAAUCAGUUGAAGAAGAGGAAAUUAACGGGGAGGAUAAACCCGUGAAAAGAAGUGAGUUUUGUUAUGGUCUGAAGGAGAAGGAGAGAUUCAACAAAAUAUUGAAGCAUUAUGUUGGGUCUCACAACUUCCAUAACUUCACUACAAGAACGAAAGCUGAAGACCCUUCUGCUCAACGAUACAUUGUCUCGUUUCAUGCAAACACGACAGUUAACGUUGAAGGUAUUGAAUUUGUCAAAUGUGAGGUCGUUGGACAGAGCUUCAUGCUUCAUCAAAUUCGGAAGAUGAUUGGUCUUGCAGUGGCAAUCAUGAGGAAUUGCGCUUCUGAGGAAUUAUUUGAUACUGCUUUUCAAAAGGAUGUGAAUAUUAAUGUGCCUUCAGCACCGGAGGUUGGCCUAUACUUGGACGAGUGUCUGUUUGCAUCAUAUAACCAGAAAUGGAAAGACAGUCAUGAAGAGCUGUCCAUGAAAGACUACGAGGAAGAAGCAGAAGCCUUCAAGAUGAAGCAUAUAUACUCCCAUAUAGCAUCAACUGAACAUAAAGAUGGAGUUGUAGCUCUAUGGCUGCAUUCUCUGAACCACCGAAAUUAUCCUGAUUUGUGUGUUGUCAGGAGUGAAAAUAUUGCAGAAAAGGAAGGUGAUGGAGUGGAGAAGAAUGGAGUAACCGCUGAAACAACAAGUGGAAUGGAGAUUAAUGUAGGGAUCAUUCAAGGGAAAAUUUGUGAAGCAGAGAACAGGUCAGAGUGACUUCAUCUCGUGCAAAUAGACCUUUUGUUGACUCUUGACUGGCCUAGCUUUUGCUAUUAUUAUAUAACACUUAUCAUGAUUUUGGUAUUUAUUAGAAAGGACGGAUUUGAUAAAUAUUGAUGCUUUAUGGAUCAUCCAUGAUCAUCACGGAUUAGUUGGCCUAG